UUUCAACAUGGACCAAACCAUCCAGAACCAAGGGGGCUAUGAGAGGCAAAAAAAAGGAAAUACAAAAGCCGCUUUGCCAAGCGACAAAGAGUUGCAAGAGUUCAAGGCCGAACACCGAGCUCGGACUUCUUGCUGCCUUCUGGGUAUAUCCUGGAAGGCCACCCAUGGAGAAAAGGCAGCUCCGUUUCCUCGACUCCCCCUCUACGUUGGGGAGGCAGUGGGAAGGACGGAGCUCGGCGCCGCUGGCGGCUCUAGCUCCAGCUCGGCCGUGGGAGAGUUUCAUUCAACGCGUGGAGGAAGCCUCACGCGUGUGCGCAGCCGGGACGGCAUCGCGGGCUGUGCAGCCGCCUCGUCUCCUCUGAGGCUCGUCCUCCUUCGUCAAUUCGCGUCUCCUAGCUUGUUAUCUCUGAAGGGAAGCACGGCAGGCACUACAGAAAAUAUCCUGAAAUUGCUUGCUGAGGAGAGCUGCCUUAAGAGUCACUAAUAGAAAAAUUAUUUCAAAUUUGGAACAUCACCUUAUAUCAAGAAACUACCGGUGGUAAAGAAUGGCAUAACGGAUGUUCUGAAAGCACACUACCUGGCUGGAAGGUGCAGUGCCACUCUGCAACCAUGGUUCUGCAGUGCAACCAAUGUCACACUAGGAGUUUCCUUUGCCUGUAAGAUGCCAUGGCGGUGCAGGGGAUAAUGUAUCUGGACCCUCCCACCAGAGUUCCUGGUUCAAGACUUUCAAGCAGAUAAGAGAAGGCAACUUCUGUAAUUUUUGUACAGUAUAAAAGAUAGUAUACUAAUGCCACCAGCACUGUCAUAUCACUGCUUGUAGUGGAGCACAAAGAAACUGCAAAAACUUCCACAUCCUUCAUUGAGAAGAAAGAAGCCAACAGAGCAGGAUUAAUACAGGCUUGUUUCUGGUGGCCUUUUUGUUCAAAGGCUCCCUUCAAGGGUGGGGGACAGAAGAGAGAAACACUGUGAUAUUUAAUGAGCUGUGAAAUGAAGCACUGUUGCUGCUGCUAACCUUCUGAUUCUAAGAUUCACCUGCUAUUCAUUGUGCUUAAUAUACAUGUUUCUGCACCGUGCAUUUAGAAGAUCCCAGAAAGGAAUUCAACACGGCUGCCGGGGAAAGGCCACCAAACAUGCCUACAGAAACACUACAGACAGGUAGCAUGGUAAAACCCGUCAGUCCUGCCAUCACUUUCACUUCAGCCGUUCCCCUCCGCAUUCUAAACAAAGGACCUGACUAUUUUCGCAGGCAAGCUGAGCCUAAUCCAAAAAGACUUAGUGCUGUGGAGAGGCUGGAAGCUGACAAGGCAAAAUACGUAAAGAGCCAAGAGGUCAUCAACGCCAAACAAGAGCCAGUGAAACCAGCAGUGCUUCCCAAGCCACCAGUGUGUCCUGCAGCUAAGAGGGCCUUGGGCAGCCCUACCUUGAAAGUGUUUAGCAACAAUAUAAAGACUGAGAGUGGUGUCCAACGGGAGAAUCUAAAGCUAGAGAUUUUGAAAAACAUCAUCAAUAGCUCAGAGGGCUCCAGUUCAGGUUCAGGUCACAAACAUAGUUCACGAAACUGGCCUCCCCACAAAUCUGAUUCAGGAGACCUAAACCGGCACUCAUUUGCAGAAUCUUUAAAGGUUUACCCCACCCAAGGCCGUAGUAGUCCUCAAGAAAGCAACUCCAAUGUGAGUAGAAGGCUAUUGGGACAGUCACCAGAGUCAUUCUUACAUGUUUCCCAUAGCUCAUCAGACAUUAGGAAAGUAUCUAGUGGAAAACCCUUAAAAGCAAUACCAUGCAGUAGUUCAGCUCCACCUCUCCCUCCAAAACCCAAAAUUGCCUCCAUCACCACAUUGAAAUCACCAGAGAUGGACACAGUAGAAUCCAGUUGUGGAGUCAAUAGACGACCUUCUUUACAGCGUUCAAAGUCAGACUUAAGUGACAGAUACUUUCGAGUCGAUGCAGAUGUUGAAAGAUUCUUUAACUACUGUGGACUGGAUCCUGAAGAGCUUGAAAAUCUUGGGAUGGAAAAUUUUGCAAGGGCUAACUCUGAUAUUAUCUCUCUCAAUUUUCGCAGUGCAAGUAUGAUCAGUUCAGACUGUGAACAGUCUCAGGACAGUAACAGUGACCUUAGAAACGAUGAUAGUGCCAAUGACCGCGUGCCAUAUGGCAUUUCUGCAAUUGAAAGAAAUGCCAGAAUCAUCAAGUGGUUAUACAGCAUCAAGCAAGCUAGAGAGUCACAGAAAGUGUCCCAUGUGUGAGCUGGAUCCGCAAGGGGGCAAGGAAGGACUGUAUCUUUGUGAAUAUUGUGAAGGGUUGUGAAGUCUACUUGAAGUCUUUAUACACUUCUCAGAUCUCUUUGUGUUGCUUGUUGUGCAAUGUUUUCAAGUUGCAUGCCUGUCAACAUGUGAACUGACCUGGCUUCCACUUGAACAAUAACUAGCUACAGAGCCUGGCUGAGCAUACACACGUUAUCUGCCAAAAGUUUAAGACUAGAAGAAUCUAAAUAGGGCUUUGUUUAUGAAUAAAUUGUUUACAUUCAAUGGUUAUAUGGCUUCUUUUUAUUUUUUUUAGUUCUGUAGUCCCUUUUGGGUGUUUUUUGUUGCAUUCCCAAGGAAAUUUACAUUUUUUGUGUGUGUCUUAAGCACAGGUAUAGUUAAGACACAGGUAUCUGUAACCGAUAUUGCCAAACUAAGGUUGUCAUAAAACCUUUCCUAGAACAGGCAUAGUAGUCUGUGGAAUGAAUGGAUCGAAUUAACUGUUCAUAAACAACACUGUACAAUGAAAUUAUGUGGUUUUUUAAAAAUGUUGUUUACUUUCAAAGAAAUGGUCCACAGUGUUUUGUUUUAAUGUUCUAAAUGAAGUCCACACACACACACACAAUGCCCCCAGACACAGCCUUUUUACAAACAGUAAAAAGUGGUCUAAAAAGGCAUAAACUAUCCUUGCGGGUGUUUGAUGUAACAGAAACUGUAAUGGUUUGGUUUCGCCAAUCAUAUAGUGUCUUGAAAGAGGCUGAGAAAGUGACAAAAGAAAAUGAUGGGUGGCAUUUUAAAGAUUCCUUGUCUUAAACUUUUGACAGGAAUGGUUAGAUCCUGUUUGCUGAUCUUGAAUGCCUUUAACUAGACAAAGCACAUCACGAUUACAAGCUCCUGCUGCUGACUACUUUUUUGUAGACCUAUUUGAGCAAUUCAUGAACAGAAAAUGGAAGUACACAGCCAUAUCAGUAUAAUAGCCUCUUAUCAAGAAGUUGAACACACUCAAUAUAGCUGAACUAUAUCUGAGAAAUUGUGAUUAUGUUGUCUUAAAUAUGUUAUAUCUUAAGGCUGUGGAAGUUUGUUACAGCUCUAGGAAACUAGAAACAUGACAGUAUGUAGCUUUUUUUCCCUGUCCCUAUCUCUAUUCCUUCCUGCAUCGUAUGAUGUUUAGUGCUGCACGUCAGUCUGUUACACUUUUUUUUUACAAUCUUGUGUCUUCCCAAUGGUUUAACUGUCAUGUCAAAGUGGCAGUUGUGGUGCAUAGCAGAGAGUUGAAAGUGCAGUGGUCUGCUUCAUUAUUAUUAUCAUCAUCAUCAUUAUUAUUCAUGCUUUGAAGUAUUUUGCAGCACUAUCCUAUACUUCAUUGGCUGAUAGGAAACUUUUUAUUGUGUAAAUGCUGUAAGACUUUGUACAUAUUUCAGUUCUUACGAGAUCUUUUAAAAAAGUGUUAUGCUAAUAAAUAGCUCUU